AGGAGUGACUCCCUCAUUUUGGGCGGAGUGGAGCCGAUGAGGAAGAACUGAAGUGGCUGGAGGCAGUACAACAGGAGCUUGCUUGCAAAGAAGUUUGGUGACCCACAAUCUGAGUCAGCCUGAUGUUAGUGGAAGCACCAGCAGCAUUGGCAACACUACUAACUCACCACAAGGCUGGCAAAGAAAGCACUGGGAGGGCUGUAAGGAGGAUUAAUCUGCAGUAAUGAAGACUUUUGCUACUCCUGCUUCUGGGAUUAUUUUAUUUCUGUUCACCUUCGUACAGAGGAGCAAUGGCAAAUGUAAAGGAGCAGUUUCAAGGCCGGAGAUGAAUUGGAAUGUGAAAUAUCACCUCCCUAAUUUCACUGCGGAAACACCAAUACAAAAUAUAGUUAUGUACAAGAAUCACUUCUAUGUAGGAGCCAUCAACAAGAUCUAUGUUUUAAAUGAAAGCCUUCACAGUGUCUCUGUAUACAAGACUGGACCUGUUUUGGAGAACCCAGAUUGUGCUCCCUGUACAGAGUGUGCACCUAGAUUAAACCAAUCUGAAAACAUUUGGAAGGAUAACAAGAACAUGGCUCUGUUCCUAGAAACAUACUAUGAUCAUCAGCUCAUCAGCUGUGGGAGCGCUGCAAAAGGAACUUGCCAGCGCCAUGUCAUUCAUCCUAGCAAUCCCGCUGACAUUCGAAGUGACGUGCACUGUAUGUAUUCCAAGCAAGCGGACGAAGAAUCAGACCAGUGUCCUGACUGUGUUGUAAGCCCUUUAGGCAGCAAAGUGCUGGUGACAGAAAAGGAAAGAUUUGUGUACUUCUAUGUUGGGAAUACUGUAAAUAAUUCAUCUCAGCAAGACCAUUUGCUACAUUCAAUAUCAGUCCGGAGAUUAAAAGAAACCUUGGAUGGUUUUGAGUUUCUCACGCUUUACUCUUAUAUUGACGUCCUUCCAGAAUUCAGGAAUUCAUACCCCAUUAAGUACAUUCAUGCAUUUGAAAAGGACCACUUUGUGUACUUUCUCACUGUCCAGAGAGAAUCUCUAGACUCCCAGGCUUUUCACACAAGGAUCGUACGGUUCUGUUCUUUUGAUUCCGAGCUGCGUUCAUACAUGGAAAUGCCCCUUGAAUGUAUUUAUACUGAAAAACGUAAAAAGAGGUCAACCAAGCGGUCAAAUGAGGUGUUUAAUCUUCUACAGGCGGCCUAUAUUGGCAAGCCGGGUGCAGCCUUAGCCCAGGAAAUGGGGCUUGAUGUUAAUGAUGAUGUUUUGUUUGGUGCAUUUGCCCAAAGUAAACCCGACUCUUCAGAACCAACCCACAAAUCUGCUGUCUGUGCAGUCUCCAUCAAAACCAUAAAUGAAUUCUUUGGCAAGAUUGUGGACAAACAAAACAUGAAAUGUCUUCAGCAUCUUUAUGAAAAGAACAGCAAGUACUGCCUGAAUAGGACCUUUUCAAGAAAUACUACCUAUUGUGGAGAACAAGAUGAGGAGUAUCGGGUGGAAGUCACAACAGCUUUGCAACGGAUUGACUUAUUCUCAGAGCAGUUCAACACAGUUUUGCUAACAUCUAUAUCUGUGUUCACAAAAGGGCAUCUUACAAUAGCAAACCUUGGGACAUCAGAAGGCCGCUUCAUGCAGAUAGUGAUUUCCCGUUCAGAACGCAGAACACCACAUGUGAACUUUCACCUGGAUUUCCAACCUGUUUCUCCAGAGGUUAUAAUUGAGAAUUUACCAGGCAAUGAUGGUUAUAUGCUGGUGAUCACUGGAAAUAGGAUAACCAAGAUCCCACUAAAUGGACCAGGAUGCUCUCACUUCAGUACCUGCAGUCAGUGUCUUCUGUCACCUUCCUUCAUGAACUGUGGCUGGUGUGGAAAUCAGUGUACAUACUCUUGGGAGUGCAGCGGUGGAGGAUGGACACAGGAAACAUGCUCACCCCAGAUCUCUGAGAUUAUUCCAAGCAGUGCCACUUUUGAUGGUGCAACAAGACUGACACUGUGUGGAUGGGACUUUGGAUUUAACAAAAAUAACAAGUUCAGUUUAAAGAAAAUGACAGUUCUUAUAGGGAGAGACCAGUGCGUUCUGGAUGUCAAAGCUAGUGACAAAAACAGAUUGGAAUGCAUAGUUGGUCCUGUCAAGAAUGCAAGUUUUAAUGUUUUAAGCACUGUUUCAAAUGGACAAGUGAAUGCAUCAUUCAGUACAUUCUCUUUCGUGAAUCCCGUAAUAAGGAGCAUCUCCCCCACCUAUGGUCCCAGAUAUGGUGGUACAUUGCUGACAUUAACUGGGGAGUACCUAAGUAGUGGCAAUUCCCGAGAGGUUUCAGUUGGUAGGAAGCAAUGCAGCAUAAUCAGAGUGUCUGAUCAUAUAAUAGAGUGCUACACCCCUCUACAAAGAGAAGUGUCAGAGUGUCCUGUCAGAAUGAAAAUCGAUUCAGCCUUUCGUCCAGCAGGUCAAUUUACAUACAGAGAAGAUUCUUCUGUUACUAAAAUUUAUCCUGCCAAGUCCUUCCUCAGUGGCGGAAGUACAAUUACAGCCCAGGGGAGCAACUUGAAUUCAGCAUUCUCUCCAAAGAUGGUGGUCACAGUCCCUAAGCUAGGCAGAAACUUUACUGUGGCAUGUAACCAUCGCUCGAAUUCUGAAAUAAUCUGCUGCCCAACUCCUUCACUGAAAUCCUCGAAUCUGACACUGCCUUUUGUGACAAAGGUCUUUUUCAUUUUUGAUGGUGUCAUCGCAUCUGGUUUCAACUUUGAUUAUGUGAACGACCCGAUCUUUAUCUCCUCAGAGAAACCAGUGCUGAUCUCAAAGAACAACAGAAAUAUAAUGAUUAAGGGACAUAACCUUGACUCGGAAGCAGUUAAAGGUGAAGUGCUAAAAGUUGGAAACAAGAGCUGUGAGAAUAUCACCUUGAAGUUGCAAUCUAUUUUUUGUACAGUUCCUAAGGAGCUCCUGGAUACCAACAGUGAACUGAAUAUAGUGUGGAAGAAAGAAGUUGUACCCGCUGUUAUUGGGAAAGUGAUGAUUCAGCCUGAUCCAAAUUCCACAGCGCUCAUUGUAGGCAUUGUGUCAACCAUGGUUUUUUUCUCACUGUUGCUCUUUGGACUUCUCUUGUGGAGAAAAAAGAGAAAACAAAUCAAAGAUUUAGGCAGAGAGAUUGUUCGCUAUGAUGGAAGAGUGCACACUCCUCACUUGGACAGACUUGUGAGUGCAAGGAGUGUGAGCCCUACAACAGAAAUGGUCUCAAGUGAAUCUGUAGACUAUAGGUCAACUUUCUUGGAAGAUCAGUUUCCAACUUUUUCUCAGAAUGGUUCAUGCAGACCAGCCCAGUAUCCUCAUGGAGACUUAUCUCCCAUUAUGUCUACGGGAGACUCUGACUUAGCCAGUCCAUUGCUGCAGACAAAUGUUCACAUUGACAUCAGUGCCUUAAAUCCCGACUUGGUCAAAGAAGUUGAGCAUGUGGUUAUUGGUCCUGAUAGCCUGAUUGUGCAUUUUAAUGAAGUAAUAGGAAGAGGACACUUUGGAUGUGUCUAUCAUGGAACUUUGUUGGAUACUGACGACCGGAAAAUUCAUUGUGCUGUAAAGUCUUUGAACAGGAUUACAGACUUGGAUGAAGUAGCCCAGUUCCUAAAAGAAGGGAUAAUAAUGAAAGAUUUCACACAUCCUAAUGUCCUGUCAUUACUUGGAAUUUGCUUACCCAGUGAAGGGUCUCCCUUGGUUGUGCUUCCAUACAUGAAACAUGGAGAUCUUCGAAACUUUAUUAGGAACGAGUCUCAUAAUCCAACAGUAAAGGAUUUGAUUGGAUUUGGUUUGCAAGUGGCAAAGGGGAUGAAAUAUCUUGCAAGCAAAAAGUUUGUCCACAGGGAUUUAGCAGCAAGAAAUUGUAUGCUGGAUGAAAAAUUUACUGUCAAGGUUGCUGAUUUUGGCCUUGCUAGAGAUGUCUACGAUAAGGAGUACUACAGUGUACACAAUAAAACAGGAGCCAAGCUGCCAGUAAAAUGGAUGGCUUUAGAAAGUUUGCAAACGCAGAAGUUCACUACGAAGUCAGAUGUGUGGUCCUUUGGAGUCUUACUUUGGGAGCUGAUGACAAGAGGGGCCCCUCCCUACCCUGAUGUCAACUCUUUUGAUAUCACUGUUUACUUACUACAAGGAAGACGACUCUUACAACCUGAAUAUUGCCCAGAUGCACUGUAUGAAGUCAUGCUCAAGUGUUGGCAUCCAAAACCCGAACUACGGCCAGCAUUUUCUGAAUUGGUUUCAGAUAUUUCAGUAAUCUUCUCCACUUUUGUUGGGGAGCAUUAUGUUCAUGUGAACACCACCUAUGUCAAUGUGAAGUGUGUUGCACCCUAUCCAUCACUUCUGUCAUCGCAAGACAAUAUAGAUAGGGAUGCUGACACAUGACAGGGCAUAUUAACUGUUAUCACAAUGGAGGGGGGAAACAAAUAGUUGCCAACUACUUUUUUGCCAGCUGGUUUUUGUGAAAGCACUGUUGUUUAUGUGUGCGUGCGCACGUGUGUGUAAUGUACAAAUUGCACUAUUUGGGGGAGACAGUUUCAUGUUGUUGAAAGCUACACGAUUGUAUAUUGUCUGAAUACAGUUUUCAAGUGUGACAGGCAGUAGCGAACACUACUGCUGUUGCAAAUACUGCAUCUACUCAUCUCUGAGCAAUCCUGCUGCUGUUAUAAAUUAUACUGUGUACAAUUGGCCAACUCAGAGAUGCAUGAGGAAGCCAGGGUGUCUACCACUUAAAGAAUGGGCUAGUGCUAUUGCUCAGCAGUCCUUUUGUUUCAUAAAAGCCAAGCUGGAUAAUGGAUAUUUCAGGACUGCAAAGAUCCUAUCCUUUGUUAAAGUUUGCUUUGCUCACUACAGCAAAUACUCUUGUUUAAGAGGCACCCAGUUGCCCAGAUGACCCAAUGGCUGCUUUCUACAUGAUCAAGGUUGCAAAAUGAUUGGGUUUCUACAUCAGUCUGAAACCCUUACUGUUAUUUAUGUGGCAGCUCUGAGAAUCAAGAGCAACAUGGUUAGUUUAAAAGGUCUUUGAAGAAAGCAUUCCUAUUUCAGUAAAAAAGAAUGUAAUCUUUUCAGAAGUCUGUGCAAUCAGUAGGCCAAAGCUUAGGUUUCAGAGAUAAGGUUUAGAAAUUAUGCAGAACACUGGUGAGGGUAUCUAGG